AUGGGUGGACUUGCUCCGAUGAACAUAAUAACAGACCAGGAUUUUAGCAUGCGUGCAGGCAUAGAGGAGGUCUUUCCGUUGGCAGUGCAUAGGCACUGCAGGUGGCACAUUAUAAAGAAGGUUGAGGAGACGCUAGGACCUUUCUUUGCUGACCGUCUAGAGCUGCACAAGGCAUUCGAGCUGUGCGUGGACCACAGCUUGACGGUGGAGGAGUUUGAAAGGAGCUGGAUGGCUAUGAUUGAAACAUAUCAAGUCCAAGACAACGAGACGCUUGCUAGCCUGUGGGAGAAGCGAAUGUACUGGGUGUCGGCCUACUUCAUGCAGUGCUUCUUCCCGUUUCUGCAGACUACGCAGUGCAGUGAGGGGUUCAAUGCUGUUUUGAAGCGGUACAUGAGCCCUGGCAACUCAUUGCUGCAGUUUGCCAAGCAAUACACCGCUUUGCAACAAAAAAUACUGGGAUCUGAGCUACAGCAAGAAGCAAACACCGCGCUCAAGCAGCCAAAAUUGCUAACGUAUUUACCGAUGGAGAGGCAGAUGAGCAAGAUAUACACCAACAAGAUUUUUAACAAGUAA